CCGGAAACACAUCCCGGAUUAAAGCCCUGGUUCAGUCAAGAGCUGCUGUGUCCAUCACUUCAUCACCCGCCAGUCACGCCUCCUUCAAUCUAAUGAGUUAGCAACAACAAGGCUCUUUUUGUGCAGAGGAGAAAUCAUAGGACUCACAUGCUUCGGAGGAGAGAAAGUGAGUGAUCACAGCAAAGGACAGGGUUGUUCAGAAGAGGAGAAGACGGCGGAGGAGCAGGCUGAAGUCUUCCUGAGCUGGUGGAGGACAUCAGACCUGGACAGCAGUGGAUUGGACCACAGCGGACUUAAACAUGGAAAAUGGAAGAACAGAAGAAAUGACGGAGGGCGUGUCAGAAGAUAAAGAAGAGACUGGGGAGGAGGCCAACCUGGAGAUUGCUCAGCUGCAGGGCCUGGUGGCUGAGCUGCGCGAGGGGCUUCAUGCCGCUCUGACGGAGCUGCAUGACCUGCAUCAGAAGGACCACGGCCUGGAGGAGAAGCUGCAGGCGCAUCAGACCGACGUGGACGACAAGAUCAUGGGCCUGAAGAACUCACUCAACACUUUCAAGGAAGAGCUGAAUGUGGCUUUGUUCCACAUUAAGGACGUUUCCAGCCGACAGAGGGAGGUUCAGAAGAGGAUGGAACAGCUGCAGACGGAAAACAGCAGCGACGUCAUCUCGGUUCCACACAGCAGAAAGAGCUCGAAGGCAGACGUGCUCACGGCGCCAGGGGAUGAACACAUCUGUGUGUCCGGCGAAUCAGAACUCAGCGUUUUUCAACACUUCUUUUCCAAUCUGCCGCAUGGUGGGUCGUCACAGAGGAGCAACACGUCCACACAGACCUUUGAGCAGGAGGCGCAGCUGCAGAGAGGUUGUCCAUCAUGGGGAGAGAGGAAGACGAGCAGAGACGACACAGACGCCCUCACCAGUCAAAGUGAACCCAACAAGAGGCAGAGAGCCGCUCUGGAGCUGCUGGAGUCGGAGAGAGUUUACGUCUCCCACUUGUCUCUGUUACUGAAGGCCAACAUCUCCUUCAACGGGUCGGAGCCCAUCGCCCCCAAAGACAAGCGUCCGUUUCCCAGCUCUCUGAGGUUUCUCAUCCAGCAGCAUCUCGAGCUGCUCCACACUCUCCAGGAACGAGUGCUCAAGUGCCAGUGGCAAGGCAUCAUGGGGGAUGUGUUCAUGAGGCUCACCAGCACAGAGGUGGACACUGAGAGUCAGGAGCUGGUCGACGGCUCGCUCAUCGACCUCUGCGGUGCGACGCUGCUAUGGCGCACAGCUGAGGGCCUGGCACGCACCCCCACCCUCAAACACCUGGAGGCUCUGAGGCAGGAGAUCAACGCGGCCCGCCCUCAGUGUCCCGUGGGCUUCAACACGCUGGCCUUCCCCUCGAUGCGUCGCAAGGACACGCCGGACGAGAAGCAGCCCUGGGUCUACCUCCACUGCGGCCACGUGCACGGCUACCACAACUGGGGCAACCACCGCAUGGAGAGGGAGGGGCGGGAGGGCCGGCACAGGGAGUGUCCAAUGUGCCGAACGAAGGGGCCGUACGUGCCGCUGUGGCUGGGCUGCGAGGCGGGGUUUUAUGUAGACGCUGCCCCUCCCACUCACGCCUUCAAUCCCUGCGGCCAUGUUUGCUCUGAGAAGACGGCGGCCUUCUGGAGUCAGAUCCCACUGCCGCACGGCACGCACACCUUCCACGCCGCCUGCCCCUUCUGUGCCCAACAGCUGACUGGCGAGCAGGGCUACGCCAGACUCAUCUUCCAGGGGCCGCUCGACUAGCGGCGGCAGCUUCUCCUGACGCAGAGCGGAGGGGCGUUUUAGUUUGGACGUUGAAAACAGGGACCUCCUCGGAUUUGUUUUCUUUCCUCUACGGUUAAGACACAAACUUUUUUCUGGACUUUUUUGUCUCUCUCUCAUUUUUAAGUGACCUUUGUAUUACUUUUACAUGAAUGACAACAGAGAUUUCUAUAUUUUCACAUGAAACCAGAGACACAAAAACCAAACAAAGAAAACUCUGCUGGGUAAAACUUUUUGUGUUUGUUUCUCGGAAAAAAGAACUUUUAACAACAGUAUUUAUCGAAAUAACUAACGAGCCGUCUCACAAACGCACGGUUUUCAUGUUUAUUGUUGCAAUAUACAUCUGUGUACAUCUCUUAGAGCUAAUUUAAACAAAGAUGUUUAUUUAUGGUCUGUCGCUUCAUUCUUUAUCUGUCAGAUAACGUCGAUACUGUUAAGCAUUUUAAUUUGAAACUUCAGCCUGUUGUUAGAUAUAAAGUUCUUGGUGUGUUCUGGGGGUUCGUCGACCUCUCAGAUCUGUUUGUCGUAUUUAUACACACCCUCCUCCUGUGUGUGCUCUCACUCUGUGUGUCUGUCUGUGUGUGUGUGUGUGUGUCAACCCUCCAGUUACACGUCUCUCUCAUCAGGCGUCACCACGGCCUUCUCACAUUCAAAGCAAUAGAUUUGGAACAGAAACCUCCUGAAGCAUUAUGGGAGUCUUCUGAACGACUGCUCCCUCCCUUUAAAGUCCGAGUGAAACGUUUCUGUGGGUGAGUGAGUUUUUUUAUUUUAUUUUUUAUUUUUUUUACUGAUCACAGCUCGGCCAUGAUAGCAGCUAUGUAGCUAACGUCACACACACACACACGUUACUGUAAAUAAAGAUCAGUUUGAACAUUUACUAUGACCUUUAAUUUAGUUCUGCCGUCAUGGAGGAGGCAGGGUUUAUACUGCAGCCAGCCACCAGGGGGCAAUCAUGAUGAUUUUGCUUCACUUUUUGGGAGCUGUCAUGCCAUCUGUCUUUAAACACACACACACACACACACACACACUCACACAAUAACCUGACCCUCAUAUCACAACUCACGACAGAAAAAGGAAGUAAAACAACGACUGUUUUGCAGUUUUGUAAAAAUGCUCGGCAUCAGUAGUAAUGAUGCGUUUUAUUUUGAAAAGCUCAGAUUACUGAAACAUCUGGUUGACCCAUGAUUUGUUGUUUCGUGGGUUCGACCGUGCUUCUGUUUUUCUGCCUCAUUCACGUGAAACAACAGUCGAGCAACGAAACGCAAAGACGAGUGUCGCUGUUUGACUCAGGCUCAACACAAACACUUCAAGUCACUAAACUGACGGACGCGUGUUCACCUCAUCUGUUUUAUUUCAGUAUUUCAAUAACCGACACAGAAAGUUAAAGAUCAGUGCUUCUUACAAAUGGAAAUCAGAUUUACUGAUUUGUUAAAGAAGCUGUAGAAGUGAUUUCCUGACACGAUGAUAAAUUAAAGAUGAAUCUGGUUCAAGUGGAGAAAUGAAAUCCUGCAGUUUAAUUCAUAUGAAUUCUGUGAAGUGGAAAACAACAGAACUCUCAGCUGCUCUGGUUCUCGUGGCGUUAGCAUGUUACAGAUGUGUUUCACUCGACGUGAUUCAUUUUCAUUGAUCAGUUUUUAUCACCUCUAAAUUCUUAAAAGUCUUUAAUAUGCACAAAGCUCCUGCUGGUAUCAGUGUGUGUGUGAGUGUGUGUCUGUCUGUGUGUGUGUGUGUGUCUGUCUGUGUGAGUGAGUGUCUGUCUGUGUGUGUGUGACUGUAAUUUAUGUGUUCAUGAUGAUUGUGUGUGAUCAGUUUGUGUGUGUUUGUCCAUUCACACAGUUCUUCUCCACACUCACAGAUCGUUUUCAUCCCUCAGUGCUCGGACUGCAACACACUAACUCACCUCAGGGAGAAAAACAAUGACCCGUGACACACACAGACACACACACACACACACA